CACGACUGCAGUGCACAACACAUUCACUGCUAUUCACUAACAUUACGCCAAUUGAUACCUAAAUUACAAAUUCACUGUAUAUUUGAAUCAUUAGUUUAUUUAUUUGUCAAUUUGAUUAACAUUUUUCAAGUGAUAUUCAAAUCUCAUUACCAGACACUGUAUUCACACGUCAUUUCAAUGAUAGCCUAAUAUAAUGCAGUGAUUGUCAUAAUAGUGGCCAUAAUUGUCGAGAUAAUAUCGGAUCAAUUGCACGAUUAAUGGGACUCAUUGUGUGACUACCACUUGAUUAUCAUCGCAUCGAUUGUAAUUAUCACCAUAAGGAUCAGCUGACCAUUUGUAGACAUGAAUCGUGUGGAGAAUCGCAAAGUGUUUGCAAUUCAGGCCAAAAAGAAGAGAUCAAAGGCGCCGAAAGGGAAGCAUAAAAAGAGUGGUAAUACUCAGCAAACGGCCGCAAAUCAGUCCAAUCACCACAACUCCAGUGCAGAUGACCUCAAGACUACGCCAACCGACGAGAGGAAGAGGUAAGAGAUCCCAAG